UCAAUAAAAAAAGAGAAGAACUUCUUUCAGUUGUUUUGGUUUUGCUACAUUGGCUUGAUUGUUGUUUGUUGAAUGUGAAAAUAAACUGAUCUGUCUACAUGAAUCUUUUCAAAAUUUGUGUAAUAUCAGUUGUAAACACAAUUUACAAGCUUCUAAUGAUUUUACAACAAAUUUAAUGAACAGCAGUGUAUUUGCUAUAACGGCUGACUUGAACAGUUUAUAAAUAAAUGCCCCAUUUUUUAUCCUACUAAAAACAGCAUAUAGUAUGUUGGACAGAAAAUUUUGUACCUAUUCCUUACUUCGUUUAGAUGUAAUCAGGUUACAACCACCGUUACUCCAGCAGCACCGGAUAAAAUGUUUCGGUACAAAAUGUUAUUUAUAGAUUAAAGUUAAUCCAUUCACCAGGUACUUGGGCAUGAGCCGCACUCUAAGUGUAGGGUCUAAUGAUACUAUUCGAAUCCCCAAACCAAGUUAGGUGGAGCGGGGUUUGAACUUUGAACUCAGUUGCCAGAAGUCAAAACCAUUGGCCACCAUCGCAUAGUGUUGUAAGAUAUCCUAUAUGCUUUCAUCCUGUCCGCUACCUCAGCGUCGGAAAUCAGUGCAAUUCCGGUCGCCACACAAUCGCCGAACUUUAGUAGAUAGAAAACCAUCACAAAGCAUGCUAGCCUUAAUAUACAGGCUCUAAAACGUACGUUCGGGGUAUCGAGGCUGGUUGUGCUGCAUGUUACUCUUUGACGAUAACAUUAAAUCAUUCUCACCAAGCGUCAUAUGUAACCGUGUUUGACCAGCUUGCUUUGACCCUAUCGAAAGAUUGUAUACGAAUCUGACGUAGACCUAAAGCAGCUUGCACUGGGAAAGAAAGCAAGGGAAUGCUGAAAUGAUAGUAAUCCAGUUAAUUGGAGGGGGGAUAGCGAAAAUAAACUACGGAUUCAGUUAGUCUGGAACGGUGAAAUGGCAUAAUCUGUGAUAGAUGAGGGAUGACAAGAUCACUUGAAGCGAUUGACGCAUCGAUCAGAGAAUCCGUGUGAUUGGCUGGUAGCCAUAACCAUGAGGAAACGUGCAAUAGUCGGACGUUCCAUCAGCUUCAACAUAUUUUUAUGGAUAGCUCCCAAAAGCAAUAGAUGAAGUAGCUUCUGUGUGAAAUUAUGGUGCAUCAUUUCCAUCUGUUGUUACGGCUCAUGGGGUUUGUUGGAUAUUUUGUAGAUAAUCAUGAAGAGCGUAUGCAUGAUCUUAGUGGUAUCGGUCCUCGUAACUAAACAAAAUACUGAGAUAAUGAAUUCUUUCCCGACUAAAGUGUGAAGGUUACUAUCCCGUCAAUAAUGAAGUAGGUCAGUGCAAGGGUCAUUAAUUUAUUAUGUACACUGGAUACAAGGUCUGGAAUCCUACUGUUCGUCGUGCAAAUUUCAUAGAUUUCAUGAAGUAGUUGUUUCGUUAGCUUAUUCAGUUUGCUCUGUUGGUACAAAUAUAAUCAAGGGGUCUACAUAUGCGAUAUAAUCGAAGUGUCCCCAUUGACGGUAAGAUAAAAUUAUAUUUAAACUGUACACAGUCUUUGUGCUUGUUCUCACUUAUUAUCAAGUCUUAUAAGACAUUCAACGGAUAUAUAAAUUUACGUUGUACAGCAUCGUCUUCAUACCCAAUCAAUAAUGUGUCCAGAUUGUACUUCAGUCGAUUACGAGACACAAUAUUACGGAUUUGACAUGUUCUUAACAUGUAGCCUAUAGGUAACUAAUGGAAGUUAACUAUCUUGUUAAAUUCAAUUAUUUUCGAGAACUUGUUUCAGUAAGCUUUCUUUUUACCAAAUAUUUGCUUAUAAUAGUUGAAUGAUCAUCCUUAUAUUUUUUGUCCUAAAUUUUAAAAAAUCUUCGAUUAUAGGAUCGUUAUGGAUUACGAUAAAUUCUCUAUUCAAACAAAAUGUCUUCUUCAUACAGUCUCAGAAAGUAUUGGUCAAUUAGAAAGUAUGGUACAUAGUUUAAAGUCAAGUUUGGAACUGGAUGAAAUAAAUAAAUUGUAUCAUAGAUUAAAUCAAGAUAUACAAAAUAUUAAUUCGAAUUGUGAUCGUCUAUCAACGUUACUUUCAACUGUUGAACCAUAUUCGCGUCGUUCUCAAUUACGUUUAAGUUUGGAUCAAACGCGUUUUGAAUGUAAACAGUAUGAAACUAAUUUAAAAGUUAUCGAUCGAAAAAAAAAUGAAAAAUGGCGGCACUUAAUAGAACGUGAAGAGUUAUUAUCUCAUGAUUUUUCUACUAAUGCAUCUGUACGUAAUAAUAAUGGUUUGUCUGGCUCAACUGUUAUCAAAUUGGACCCUGAUUUAGAACAUUAUUCAAGAUUAUCUAAUGUUGGAAAGCAAAUUGAUGAUAUGUUGUUAUCAGGAUCAUUUAGUUUAAGUGCUUUACAAGAACAAGGAAUGACUUUAAAGAAGGCGCAACGCCGUAUCAUGGAUAUUCUGAAUACUCUUGGAUUAUCAAAUACUGUUAUGCGCCUUAUUGAACGGCGAAGUCAUCAGGAUAAAAUAUUAUUCUGGGUUUUAGUGGCUGUUACACUGAUCUUAUUUUGGGGUAUUUGGAGGCUUUUCCAUUAG